CUAAUGAAUUCACGUCUACCUUAUCGGUCGAGCAUCCUCGGUUCUUUUCUCAGUAUUUUUUUCUUAUACCGCCUAGAGGUCGACAUUCUACAGGCUACUUGAGCAAACAUUAUGGAGGCGUUGUUUUGCUUUCUCGAUCUUUGGAAAUCCCAAUAUUCUACAUCGAAAAAAUCGAAGUAUAUUCACAUAGACGUUAAAAUGUCGAAGGAAUAUGGCGGACACUAUUCGAUCCAAUUGACGAAUUAUGGAUAUUGCACAAACAAUACUCACAAUAUUUUAAAUAUUUUACAAUACAUAUUUUGGAAUUUGAUUUCGGAUAAUUCUUAUAAAAACAUGCUCGCAACGAUAUAUCUGAAAGAUGAGCAGAAUGAUUUUGAAAUAACAUACGAUUUACAUUACCCACCGAGAAAGCGUUUGUUGCUUUUAAAAAAUGAGCAGAACAAAACAAAAUUUAUUGAUUUUUCUUAUUGUAGAAAAUAUUUAUCGAUUAAACCGUCGUAUAAUCUGACUGCAAGCGACGUUGAGAAAUUCAAGGUUAUCGUAUUGGAAGAAAUCACUUCUCUAUGUAGAGAAAAUGCCAAUGUUAAGGUAACAUACCGUACCGACAGAAGAAUGCUACACAAUAAUCACGUUCCUCUCGAUGAUGAAUAUAAGACAUGUCAAAUAUUGAGUACCGCAGUGACGGAUAUAGUGCGGCAAAGUUUGGACAGCGAGUUCAAAGAAAAGUGCUUCGCUUUGUUAAAAACAGAAAAUCCUGGACAGCUGAGAGAUUCCCUCAUGACUCAAUUGUUACCGUUGAUUCACGGAAAUUAUAUCUUUUCCAUAAAGCAAGAAGAAUAGUCUAUCAAUGGGAAUCAUUUCUCAUGAAUAAUAAAUAAGUAUACUAAAUUGUACGAAGAAUAUUAAUAGCUUAAUGAUCUGAAGAAUGCAUCCCCCCAAUGAGAAGAUGGGGAGCGUAUAUGCGUCAGAAUGCGGUCCGAUGCUGGCUGUUGUACUGACUUAUUACAUUCCUCGGAAGCGACUAUUAGGAAGCCUCUAGACUAAUGGGUUAAGUGAAUUCAACAAGAGCAAGAGAGAAAAAAGAGGAGUUCUAUGCUUUGGUCGCGCCAUUGUUUUCCUACGAAAAAUGCAAAUUUCUUAGGAAGAAGCAUCUAAACUUGACGGCUUUGAAUUUAAAGGACCUUCUGCAUAAAGGUUAUCGACGUAUUGUUAUUACGAUAACAUAAUCGAGUAUAAGAAGUAAUACCUUAUCGAUAUUCCACCAAAGUUUCUAUAAUAUGCCUGUCUGUCCUUUCAAGUAUUAUCUAUAGUUUAAUCUAUUUGCUUUAGAUAAGUCUCUUCUAUCCCUAUGAUUUUUCAUCGUUGAUCAUUCAACCUUUUAUCAUUUGUCGAUAUUAACAUUUUAUAUUAUGAAAGAGAACAUGAAAGUUUUGGAAUU